GUAAAAUUAACCUCCAAAUUAUUAAAAAUGAAAAAUAAAAGACAGGCGUAACAUAUAUCUGAUGAAUCCGGGCUAACUUUCUUUGAAGCAUUCUAGAAAGCCAUCUCAAAAUAUGAAAUUGACAACCCAAAACAAUAUGCUAAGCAAGAGAAUGAUAGGUUUACUCUCUAUGAAGAUUUGAAGUUAAUCUUAGAACUUUCAAAAGUGAAUUAGAUUGAACCAUCUCAUUUCGAUAAAAUAUCAGCUAUUCUUAAAAGAUCUAAAACAAUGUUAAGGAAGAGGUAAUUAUUAAAUAAAGGUUAGAUAUCAAGAAUAUUUGAAGAAUAUAAAUCAAGAUGAUUUAUAAACAAUAUUUUCAUUUCUAUAAUAAUUUGGUGCUUAAGGAUAUUUAGUAUUUACACUUGAUAAUGAUGUUCAAAGAUUGUCAGAUAUAGAGCCAAUAAAAUAAAAAGAAUCUCCUAUUAAAACUCCAAUUCAAACACCAAUAAAAUAAAUGUUCAAGUAAUUAACACAGGAGUCUGGAAUAAAUGAAUCAUAAAAUUCUCAUAUAUAAUAAUAGAAAUAAUAAUAAUAAUAAUAAUAAUAAUAAUAAUAAUAACACUAGAUAGAACCAGAAUCAUAAAAGAAAGUAAAACCAAAUAACAAAUUUUAAUUAUCUGCAAAGUAAGGAUAAUAUUCAUAAUAUUUAGCUCAAAAUAUGAUGUUUCUAAUAGAAAAACAAAUGCUUUUAAAUAAGAAUAAGUAAUAUUAGAUACAGAAUAGAAACAUGAAUGUGAGGAACUUAAAUUUACAUUAAAAACAUUAUCUGAGACUUUAAAAAUAUCAUAUUAAGAAUUAUGUCAAAGAAUGUAUUAAUGUUCAGGAGAUUUGAAUACACUUUUGGAUGUAUAUUUGAAUCAUUAAGAAAAUUUAUUAUGGACAAAGGAAGCAGAUGAGGCAUUGAAAGCUUAUCUUGUAGAGGAAAAUUAAUUAGAAAAAUAAAAAUUAAGAGCAAUUUUACAUGGAGAGGAAUAAAUAUAGAAAAGAAAGGAAUGGUUAUAUGGAAAAUGAUGGAAGAUAG